AUGAAAUCAGCAGAUAAGAUUGGAAAGCUGUUGAUAGCGGGCUUUGAAGGGUACACCGUGACCCCGCAGGCCCGCAAGCUGAUAACGGUGCAUCGGGUCGGCUCCAUGAUUCUGGGUCGGCAAAACUUCCAGGAUUCUGAUCAGAUUAAGGCAUUGAUCCAGGAUCUACAGCGAUUAGCUCAGAAGUCUAAUUACGAAUAUCCACUGAUAUUGGCAGUUGACCAGGAAGGUGGAAUGUGCAAUGCCCUUUUUGACGAGGCGAAAAUCACCCAAUUCCCCGGGAACAUGGCACUGGCAGCGUCGGGCUCGGACGAGAUCUGCUACAGCGUCGGAAAGGCAAUUGGUGAAGAGCUGAUGGCCUUAGGAUUCAAUCUGUUUAUGGGGCCAGUGUUAGACAUCUGCUCCAAGAUGUCCAACCAAAUGAUAGGAGUGCGGUCUUUUGGUAGCUCCGUCGAAGAUGUGUCUAGGUUUGGUGCAGAAUUUGCUCGCGGGCUCAAGGAUGCUGGGAUGAUUGUCAUCGGCAAGCAUUUCCCCGGAAUUGGGUCGAGUUUUGUGGAUAACUUGCUUGAGCUUCCCAUGCUUAUGGAGACCGGUUCUCAGCUUGAAAGUUUCAAUGUGCUUCCAUUCAAAAGUCUAAUAGAUAAGGGACUUGUGCAUGGACUAGCAGCUGGCGGAUGUGCCGUUCCAAAUAUUUCUCCUGACGAAAUUCAUGCGUGUUUGAGUUCUGUCGUCAUCAACAAAAUCUUGCGGAAAAAGCUUCAGUUCCAAGGUGUGGUGCUGAGUGAGUGCCUGGAGCUGGAAGCACUCCAUAGAAAUAUGGGCCUCGGACAGGGUGUAAUUAUGGCUGUUUUUGCGGGCUGUGAUAUGAUCAUGAUAUGCCAUGACCUCGCAUACCAGGAAGAGGCUCUGGAGAGUCUGCACAAGGCGUAUCGGUCCGAAGAAUAUGCUGAGGUGCUCAAGGUUGCCAUCACACGAAUUGAAACUCUUCAAAAAGAAGUUCUUACAUGGCCAAAGGCGCUGGAUCCUCCAAAGAUGACUGAAGCAAUGUGGCUGGAUCACCAGCGACUAUCAACCACAGCCUAUCAAAAAUCGAUCUCGUUAGUACGUGACAACAACUCGUGUCUUCCGAUAACCAAGUUCUUGAAGAAAAAAGAUACCGUGGCCGGUGUUUUGUUGCUAACCCCUCUGGUGACAAAUGUUCAUCCAGAGGCCCACAACUUGUCAUCGCCGUUGCCGGAAGAGGAGGAGAAAGAGCUCGAGGAAUUGUACCAGGGUGAAGAGAUCUUCCGUGAUUUUGGUCAACGAUUAUCGACCUAUGGUGAAGACGAGAAGCUUAAGGUAAACUACAAGGUGUUGCACACCUCCUAUACCGCGAACGGACUCACCAACGUCCACGAAGAACUCAUCGAGAAUUGCAAAGUGAUAAUUCUCGUGACGUCGGAUGCCUCGCGAAACAUGUAUCAGAUUGGGUUGGCUAAACAUGUCUCUGUGCUCUGUGGUGCAAACUACAAGUACUCCAGCUCCAUCAACUCCAAGCCGUUGAUUAUUAUCUCGGUAUCAAGCCCUUAUGACUUUCUUUACCACAACGGUAUUGGAUCUGCAUACAUCUGUACCUACGAUUAUACCACGAACGUUUUGAAACAUUUGCCUGCUGUUUUGUUUGGACUCCUUCAGCCCACAGGUAUGAUUCCUGGCGAACAUCCACGCGGAGGACCAUAUACUCCGCCAGAAGACUCCGUGGCAGUCAAAGACGAGGAAGCAGAAUCUGCCGAUGAGCGUGAGAAGAAAAGGCGCAAGUUUAGCCGUCCCUGGUUGGUGGAACAGUUCGAGCUGGAGCGAGACUUUAGAAGUCUCAUUUCGCUACUCAAGAAUAACGUGACUGCAGAGGACGGAUUCGAACGCAGCACUGGAUCUCGCAGCAUAUCUAAGCUGCACCAGUUACUUGCUAACCGGGACCAGAAGCACUUUGUGGUGAGAAACUCAAGUUUGAACGUGAUCUACGGGAUAUGCAUCACGUGGGUGUUUCAAAACCGUCAGACGAAAAAUAAGUCAAAGCCGAAGCCAAAGAGAGAUGAUAAUGAAAGCGGCAGUGAAGAAGAAGACGAGCAAGAAGAUGAGGAGACACACCCCGAGGAAGAGCAGGAGGAUCCCGAAAGAGUUGGUUCGAUAGUCCUGGUGGUAGUGGACAGAAAUAAGAGACGUCAGUCCAUUGGAGAGUUGCUGCACGCCCACGCGAUGGCAUAUCUGGACGAAAUGAAGUGCCAAAAGGUGCGCCUAGGUUCAGAUUUGCCACUGGUGUAUUUCCCAGCGGAUGACGUUCAAAGCGAGACGGCAUCAAGUUUUUUCAACAGCGUGGGUUGGAAGGGCCAUCUCAUAACCGGACCGACUGAAAAUAAAUGUCAUAUACUGAGACUGGAACUUGGUAAUUGGUCGGUUGGUGAGAGACUCGUGCGUCAGCUCCAGGUGGUGGGAAUCAGGUUCGAAAUCCGUCGAGAAUGUGCUGAUGUGUUGAAGUUGAUAGACUGCACAGGGAUAAAGGGCAAAGUAUUGAGAUACCUCUACUCGGCUGUGGCCCAGCGGCUUGCGAGUAGUGAGACGUCCCACUUGACCGUGAUAUCGGCCGUCGAGCCUAGCAGGAAUUCGGUGGUUGGGUCAUUGGUGGUGUAUAACAGUCGUUCAUGGUUGUCGCAGUUCUAUCCGUUUAUUGACAGUGCUUUCGAGGACGAGGAUGAAGAUCUGGGAGUCACUCCCAAACGGCGUGGUGCUGCCCAGAAAACUGUUGGUGGGUUGACAGGGCUUUUCAUUGAUCCUGAAUUUGACAAUCUCCGGGAUGUGUUCAAGCUAGGGUUGAUCUGCACAGGGGUUAGCUAUUGUAAGAGACAGACCGGAAUGGAGAGAUUGGUAGUCGACGGAAUUGAGGAUGCACAACUUGCAGAGCUGAAGGAUAGUGGGUUUGAGGUCUGGAAGACUUAUAAGUCUGACUAUGGUGAGAUGAAGGUGGAAGGAGCUAGAAUCGAGACGCAGAAGGUGAGCGCAGAAUCAGACUAA